AUGCGUCUUUUUCUGUUUCUUUCAAUAAUAAUAUUAUUAAUAGCUUUAUGCAAUGCAUCUUUCUACGUAGAUUCAAAAAAUAAACAAUUAACAAUAUUCCGAAAACCUUCGGCAGACGAAGUUAAAAUAUCUCCAAAAACAAUUCAGUAUAAUCAUGGUCGUAUCAGAAAUUUUCCGGCUCACAACUAUAUUCAAGAUGAUAAAAGAGAAGAAUAUAGUCCAUCUACUAAUCACCUGAAGAAGAAUAUAAAGAGCUUUUACAACGAAGAUCUUGAAAAGUUGAAAAGACCGCGUCACCUGCCUUCUAGAGCGAACUUAAAUUUUAUCAAAAAACGAAUCCCUAAGUACAGAAGGGAUGAUUCUUCUUCGUCCGAUACCGAGAGUUCCAGUAGAGAGAUGAAAGACUGGAAAGAGGAAUAUGCAGAAUACUGGCUGGCGAAGAAAUUGGAAGCGUUGAAUACGACUAUGGUCCCUGGAGAUUCUGUGAACAUGGUCGCUGCUAGACCUUGGGGUGUCUCGUGCGGAGACCCAAACCAGCACGACAUGCCUUGGGGUACGUGCAUGCUGCCCAUGGAAUGCGACGCCGAGUACAGGAUAUACCGCGGCGAUCAUUUCUGCGGGAGAACCGAAUUCGUUUGUUGUUCUCUACAACUAUCCGCAUUCGACAUGCACCAAGAUAUUGACAUUUCAUUUGCCGACUCAAGUCUCUCGACCGAUUCAGAGGAGCGUAAAGAACGAGAUAAAGAUUCAAAGGAAAAGAAGCGAAGCAAGAAAAGGAGAGAUAGACGUAAACGCAAGAGAGAAAGGGACAGACGCAAACGUAAAAUCAAGAAGAACAUCCGAAGAAUUGUAAAGGAAAUCAAGCGGCUACUGAGCAAAACUUACAGGAACGGUACGACGGAUCGAAAAAAGAAGACCAAAAUGCUCAAGAAGUUUGUAUCGGACCUGAAGAAGCAGUAUAAGAAAGACAGAAAGACCGUUAAAAAUCUACAUGAAGUUGAAUUAGUGAAGAUAGACGCUGCACUUCAGAGGAAACUGAAUCAGAUAAGAUACGCUAAUGAGAACUUCAUGAAGAACAGCACGUUUAGGGACAUAGUCAUUAACGGCACGAUGAACAAGUCCGGUGCUAGAAUGCUGGUGGAGGCUUAUCCUGAGUUAUCCAGUUACAUUGAUGCAACCAGACGAAGCGGAGCGUCGUACGUGCCUAAAGAUUAUGUCGAGUACGACAUAGAAUAUGGACUAAAUUACUAUCCUUAA